GAAGAGGAGGACUAUCUGGAACGAUUCAACAUCCUCGUUCGUGAGCAGCUGGCUUCCCGAGUGGAGUUCUUGGUGGGUGGGUUCACGCUGCCCACGAGGUACUUGGUCUACAUGGUAGUGGCGAGUAGCGUGCCCUACCUGGCAGAUCACGUCUCUCUUACGAUCUGGUGGUCUUGGGACCUCUCGGGUUUCGAUUUGCUUGUCUGGAUCCUACGGGACAUUGUAGAUUGGGGUAUGGCCCCGGUCACUAGCCUGCUGACGGUGAAGAUGUGCCUACCAUUGAUGAAGCUAGG